GAUGGAAAAUCGCAGAGGCUGAGGCGGGCGAGUUGUAACUUUUUCUGGCGGCAGGAAAUCUUGGCGACGCUGAGUCAGCAGUGCUUGAGCUGCAACAUCAAAUGUUCUCCUCGAUUUUCGAUGACCAGAUACUCGCAUUGCCUUGUCGUCCAGCUGUCAAGAUGCUCUCCAGAAGCCUCAAGAGAGCUCUUCUUGACUCGAGAUGGCCGGUUCCGCCGACUUUCCUCCUUCCGUGGGCGGCGAACUUGACUACAGUGUCGCACUCCAUGGACACCAAUGCAGUACCUCUUCCUACUGCAGCAUCUCAACACAGUAGCGAUGCACAGCGAUCCGAGUUGCGACCGAGCAGUCGACAGACACCACGAAGCAAUGCCGCCGAAACGAUGCAAUUUUCACCUCCUACCCCACCUCCAACCUCGAGCGCGGCAAAACCUCUAGACCUCUCGCCUUCCCUGCGCGAAAUGCUGCCUCUCCUCAAGGCUCAGGCACCGCAUUACAUCACCGUCCACAUCCACGGCAAACCUUACCUCCUCACCCAAGGCGACACUUUACGAUUACCGUUCUUGAUGCACGGCGUUGAGCCUGGCGAUGUUCUUCGCCUGAAUCGCGCAAUCAACAUUGGAAGCAGAGAUUAUACCCUCAAAGCCGCAGCGGCCGCUCCACCUCUCAAAAGCCCUACAACAGACACAAGGAAUAUUCGAGAGCCAUGGGCGACGCAGAGUGAAAUCAUGCCAUUGCCACCGCUCCCUGCAGAACCAGAGCAGACUCUUGGGUCGGCAACCGUGCAGCACGCGCCACACUUCAUUCCUCAUAUCGCGAAAGGGAAGCACUCGUACAUCGACGACAGACUAUUCGAAUGCCGGGCGACGGUGAUGGCGGUCGAGAGUGAGCCGUUGCGCAUCAAAGAGAAGACGAAACGGAGGCAGAGGAGGGUGAAGAAGGUGAAGAGCAAGCAUCGAUUCACCAUUCUGCGCGUGAAGGAGCUCAAGGUCAGGGGAGUGGAAGAAUUGGAGGGCGCAGAGGAGUCAUGAGCGCCGCAUGUGCGUUUCUUGAACUGCGACUUGAACUACGCACUACCACAAUACGCUUCUAUCUCAAUAAUAUUUUCCAGCGCGC